AUGCCUGUUGUUGCUGGCGGCCAGUACUCCAUGCCCAGCGAGCUUUCGAGUCGGCAAAGGAGAACCUCAUCACCACCACUGGAAGCUUCUCCCGCCACUAUCGCGUAUGACCUCGACGACUUCGAUCUGCUGAGGCCUCCAACAACCUCAAGUCGGCACCACGAGGCGGCAUCACAUCGACCUAUGGCCGGUAACUACAGAUCUGAGGGGAAUGUGCCGCGUGUGCGUCGUUCACCGUCUCCUGCGAUGACGCGCCAUAGGUCCUCGCCACCAUCGCGUGUUAGAGAUCAUGCUCAUACGCGGGCACGGGAUGACGCUGAACCCCGGCCAAGACGCGCUUCAAGGAGUCAUGUUCGCGGCCACUCGUCUGGAGAAACUGCAUCGAAGUCCUCGUCGAAGUUACCGGCCCCUGAGUCCUUGUCCCGGGGCAUUGCUCUGAAGUCCUCGUCAAAGGCGGCCACCCCUAGCUCUUCAUCGAAAAAGUCUGCUCCUGAGUCCCUAUCGAAGGCGUCUGCUUCUAAAUCUUCUUCGAGGAUGCCUGGAUCCAGUUCUUCAUCAAGGCCACUUCCAAGUUACUCCUCCAAGAUCCUUGCUAUGAACUCCCCGUCGACGGCGUCGGCUCCCAGCUCUUCUAAGGCGAUUGCUCCAGACACGUCGAAGAGUGUGCCUUCUAGUCCCUCUUCCAAGACUCCUGCGACAAAAUCGAGGCUACACAUUCCAGAUUCCUGGUUGCGUACGCUUGCCGCGAAGUCCUCGUCGAAGGCGACUCCUCCAGCACCAUCGUCGAGUGCCCAUGUUCGCUCGUCCUCGUCCAACGCGUCUGCUGCCGGAUCAUCGUCACGAGCGCGUGCGCUCAGUUCCCCGACCGGAUUGCCUAUUCGCCGGGAGCACAGACACAAGAGGUCUGCAGACGACAAAACGCGCACUUCCCGCGAUCCGCGCCCGCUAUCCUCCUGGCAGACCGCAAACACCCCCCCGCCUAUCGAUCCUGCACCCAACACAGGGUACGUCCCCCUCGGGAGGACGUCGCACUACGCACCUGCGGCGGAUUCGUUCAAUGCGCGGUUCCAGUGGUAUAAGGACCAUUAUGGUGAUACCGCAGAGCUGGAGGGCGAAUUUGAUGAGGAUGACCCGAUGUUUUUGAGCGACUGGGUUCAUGUCUCUCCCCAAGUGGACGCGCAGUUUCCUGAGGCCGCGAGUAUGAGGAGCAGGCAGAAGAAGUUGCGGAAGCAACAUCCUGCUGCGAGGAAAUAG